UCUUCUCUCUUUCCGAUUAUGCCUUAGUUGUAUUUGAUCUGUCGAAACGCACUCCCAUCGUCGAGCGUUGGAAGGAAAUUUGUUCAGAUUCUUGAAGAUGAGAAAGCGGAGCGCUCGUAGGCUGCCGGAUGGUUCGAUAUGCGCCGCAAAUGGGGUUUUGCUGCUUGCACGUUCAAUUCCUUGUCUUCUUUUACUACUACUACUACUACUAUAAAUUGAGACGAUCGGAUCGAUAAUGGCGGGAAAGGGCGAAGUGAUUGCGUGCCAUACCGUUGGAUCAUGGAAGCAGCAGAUCCUCAAAGGAAAACAAUCCAAUAAACUGAUUGUUGUGGACUUCACUGCCGCAUGGUGCGGUCCGUGCCGUGCCAUGGCUCCAGUUUUUGCAGAGUUGGCUAAGAAGAUGAGUAAUGUCAUAUUCUUGAAAGUCGAUGUUGAUGAAUUGAUGGCUGUUGCGGCGGAAUGGGGAGUGAGUGCACUCCCUUGCUUCAUGUUCUUGAAGAAUGGGAAGGUGGUGGACAGGUUUGUAGGCGCAAGAAAAGAUCAGUUGCAGAAGAUUGUAUUACAGAAUGCCUAAUGGAAACUCUACGUUGGGGAGAUUCCCUCAUCUGUUCUUUGGAAUUUCAUUGGAAGAGACAAAAUUUUGUGCAACUUUUGUGAGUUGCUAUUAGUUGAUGCUUUUAGUUUGAACAAUUUUUUCCUUCUUGUGUUUGAUUGUUUUUCAAUCAGUUUACUAUUACGAGACUAUGUAAUCAAUGAACAUCUAUUCUUUUGUUGAAUAAAAAUGAGUUGCUGAAUACAUCAUCAGCAGUUUCUCUA